AUGAACAGUCCGAAAACAACGACGAACAUGAGCUCAACAAGCGCUCAAAAACCCACUAGGUUUUGGAAUAAGGUCAAGUCUUCUACUAAGUCGUUUUCCACAUCUUUUGCCCAGCUUUCCAUCAAACAAGAGCGCGAUGGUGACACCCCUACAUCUACAGUUAUACAUAAAGCAUUAGUCAAGUACUACACACAUAGAGAGCCAUUCGAAGGCUUCCCAGACUGGCUGGGUCAUAAAGAGGAGCUUCCUGAUGAACAGAAGGUGCUUCGCAAGCAAAAGCUGCAUACUCACGAUCCUAGAAGUACAGCCCAGCAGCUUUCGACGAAGAGCUCUUCACACACCGAGCCAGUGUCUCGAACGGCUCCUUCGCAACGGGUUACUGCUGGAACAGACUUCAGGGGAAUUUACAAAAGCACGGCCAGUGCUAGAGUUUCACAUUCGGCUUCAGCUCCGCCAUCGGCUGUUGUACAAGACGGAAGAGAUGCCGCGGUUCCAGCUCCAACACAACGGACAUCUUCGAUGUUGAUGCGUGAAAGACUGAAACGGAAGUAG